GCUGCAUUUUCAGUUGCUAUUUUUAUGUUUAGGAUUUAACUAUAACGCCGGCAGUGCAUCCGUCUCUGAAGGCACCUUCAAUAAUGGAAAAGAGAAGUAACUUAAAAUGGUGGCUGCAUUUUUUAUGGUUUUGCGUCCUUUUUUGUGUUUCGUUUGGAGAAGUCCGUUAUGUCCUUCCAGAGGAGAUGCAACGGGGGUCGGUCAUCGGAAAUGUUGCGCGGGAUCUGGGGCUCGGAGUGACGGAGCUUGAUGCUCGUCGAGCCCGUGUUGUUGCAGAAGGAACUAGCCAGCUGUGUGAACUGGACACUGCGUCAGGCAAUCUUUUGAUCAGCCAACGGAUAGACCGAGAGGAGCUCUGCGCGCAAGCCAGUGUCUGCACCCUACAGUAUCAGCUCUUACUUGAAGAUCCCCUUCAAGCAUACAGCUUAGUUUUAGAUAUUGCAGAUAUAAAUGACAACACUCCAGUGUUUGCUACAGGAGAGAUACAACUAGAUUUAGUCGAAUCCACAGUUCUGGGGAGACGCUUUCCCUUGGAGAGCGCGCAUGACCCCGAUCUGGGAACCAACUCGGUCCGUGAAUAUAAACUGAGCCCGAAUGAUCACUUUGCACUGGAAAUGAGCACCCAAAUAAACGGCAAUGCUUAUCCGGAACUAGUUCUGAAAAAACCAUUGGACCGGGAGGCAAAAGCUGAGCAUGUACUGAAAAUCAAUGGAAUUGACGGGGGAAAUCCAGUCAGAUCAGGAACUGCUUCUAUCCACGUCCGUGUUUUGGACGCCAAUGAUAAUGUCCCAGUUUUUAGCCAACGAGUCUACAAAGCUUCUGUGCCAGAGAACUCGGCCAUAGGAACUGUCAUAGCAACGCUGAAUGCCACGGACUCAGAUGAAGGUGUUUAUGGAGACAUUACAUACUCUUUCAGUCAUCUGUCAGACAAGAUGGGGGGAGUUAUUGAAAUUAACCCCCUGAGUGGAGAAGUUCGGGUGGCGGGUCUUAUUGACUAUGAAGAGGCUAGUACGCACGAGCUGGAUGUUCAGGCUAAAGAUGGUGGUGGUCAGGCCUCUCACUGCAAGCUUAUAGUUGACGUCAUCGACGUAAACGACAAUAAACCUGUCAUAGAGAUAAAGUCAGCCUCUCCUAACGUGGCCGAAGACUCCAAACCAGGAACUAUGGUUGCUCUGAUGAAUGUUUACGACCUGGACACUGGGAGUAGUGGGCGCGUCACCUGUACAAUCUCAGACAAUGUUCCGUUUAAAUUUGUAUCAGAGGUCAAAAACUAUUACAUGUUGGUGACUGACGGGAUACUAGACCGAGAAUUUCAACCAGAGUAUAACAUCACAAUUACUGCCACUGAUGCGGGUUCUCCCUCACUCUCUAGUGUAAAGGUUUUAACAAUCAUGGUUAAUGAUAUAAAUGAUAACCCUCCGACUUUUACGCAGAGCAAGUACGAUGCCAACAUCUUGGAAAACCAACCUGUUGGCACGUUUGUGAUGAAAGUGAACGCAGAGGACAUUGAUGAAGGGUCUAACUCUAAAAUACUGUACCAAAUAUCAAGGGACACAAACUCAGAAGUGUCCUCCUUCCUUAGAAUAAACUCAGAAACGGGGGAGCUCUUCACAUCACGCCUGUUUGAUUACGAACAGUUAGUCCACUUCCAGAUUAAGGUGACAGCUCGAGAUGGAGGCGGCCCUCCACUCUCCACCACCUGCACUGUAAACGUGUUUAUCAAGGACCAAAAUGACAAUACACCUGUCGUCCUAUAUCCUGUCCAAACCACAGGGUUCAUUGCUGAAGAUAUGGUGCCAGUUGAAGCACCUAGAGGUUACUUAGUUACUAAGGUGGUAGCUGUGGACGCCGACUCUGGGCAUAACGCCUGGCUUUCCUACAGAAUAAUCAGAGCAACGCGGCCUAACCUGUUUAUUGUCGGUCUGCAUACAGGAGAAAUCAGGACCGUGCGAGCAUUCAUGGAUGACGAUGAACCAAAACAUACUGUUACAGUUUUAGUAACGGAUAACGGGCCCGAGUCUCUCUCCGCCACUGUUACAGUCAGCAUAGCAAUUGGAGACGGGCUGCCUGUUUUAAACGAACUCUUUGAGUUUGCUGAUGAAUCACAGGACAACGAUAACUUAACGCUCUAUUUAAUUAUUGCACUGGCAGCCGUUUCCUCUCUUUUCAUCCUUUUAAUCAGUGGAGUGUUUUAUUUUAAGCUCUGCCGGCGUGGUUAUGUUUACCGUUCAACCGCAGCUAGUCUCCCCGUUUUCCCCACGGCCUACUGCACCCCUAGUUUUACAGAUAUAAGCCGGUGUGGGACCCUGCUGAAAGAUGAGCGGUACGAUUCCUUCUUGACCACUGGGUCGUGGAGAGGCGAUUUUCGCUUCAGCUCAAACACAGACACCGACACACUAAAGAAAAGAAGCGCAGCUUAUCAAAAAAGCACCCUGAGGCGCGCUAGUACAGAUAGAGCUACUCUGAAGGUGAGAGUAGGCGCACCGUAUAUCUGGUCAAAUGAAAAUCGGCCAUAAUAUACUGCAAACACGUGUUGUAAAAUAAUCCCCGUGCAGUGAAUUUAUUUGGACCCUCUGACUUUCAAAUAUUUCAUAAUUACAUUCGUUUUUGUCCUGGUUGUAUAGAAUUACUGGAAAAAUACAUAUUGUGACAAUGUAUAUUUAAAAAGUCUACAUUUUUCUACAGGAGUACUUGUGCAUGUCAGUCAAUGUUUUGUAAUGUUCUCUUUGCAUAUAACCUAAACCUCAUCCCCUCCACGAUCCCAGCUUGAACAUACAGACAAUCUUAUCUAUCUUCUGGAAUAUGUUUCCUUUGUGAGAGGGAUAUUAAUACAUUUAAUAUGGUUAAUGUGUCUCAUUUCCUUCAUUUGAAAUGCAUGGUGGACUUUUCUGACUACUCUCACUAUAUCUUCUGACAGUAAUGCAGUUGAGGAAAUGUAGUCCUAGCUGUUUAUCUUUUGUUGGCCUUGGUCAUGGCAUAUUUGUUUUUGCCUCUGUUUAUAUAUUUGUGUAAAACAGCCUUUAUACUUUUAAUUAUUGUCCAUUUUUGAGUGGCGUACACUGCAGCCAAGUUUUGAUAAUGCUACUUUAUGAUUUCACAAAAUAACACGAUUUGUUGUGUGAUAGAGACAUAAUAAAAGCUUUGC